AUGGCUGCAAGAGCUCCAGGAGGCCGGACCAGUGCUAGGUUCGCCCAGUUCAAGCUUGUCCUUCUUGGUAAGAGCUCCCUGGUUUUGCGAUUCGUCAAAGAUCAAUUCGACGAUUACCGAGAGUCUACCAUCGGCGCUGCAUUUCUUACACAGACCAUAUCACUCGACGAGACUACGACAGUAAAGUUCGAAAUAUGGGAUACCGCUGGCCAGGAAAGAUAUAAGUCGCUCGCGCCCAUGUACUACCGAAAUGCCAACUGUGCCGUCGUCGUUUAUGAUAUAACCCAGGCGGCGUCUCUUGACAAGGCCAAGUCGUGGGUAAAGGAGCUGCAAAGACAAGCGAACGAGAAUAUCAUCAUUGCGCUUGCUGGAAACAAACUCGAUCUCGUCAACGAAAGCCCUGACAAGCGCGCCAUUGAAACCGCAGAUGCAGCUGCUUAUGCCAAAGAGGCCGGUUUGCUGUUCUUUGAAACAUCUGCCAAGACGUCAACAAAUGUACGGGAGCUAUUCACUGCUAUUGCGAAGAAACUACCGCUUGACCAGGCCGGCCCACGGAAUCUGCGAGCAAACCCAAGACCGGGCGUUGAUUUACGCCCAGAGUCGGCGAACACACAAGGAGGAGCUUGCAGCUGCUGA